AUGGCCGCGCAGAGCUGCCUGCAGUCCCGGGCUCAGCGCAGCUCUGCGCGGCCAUCGGGAGCCGGGGCUCCCAAUGGCCGCGCAGAGCUGCCUGCAAUCCCAGGCUCUUCCAGAACUUGCUGCAUUAUAUUCUGAAUUAGAUUCUCUUUCAAAUGAUAUAUAAAGUUUAUGAAAUUUUUGUAAAAAUGACUGGUGUUAUAGCCAUCAAAGCUAAGAAAUACAGUACAAGUUUUCAUAAAGUUUUUCACAAUUUUGGCCACUAGUGUAUAUUGAGGUAGAUUUUUAUGUGGAUUCCCCAUAUCAUUGCAGUGUUUGAUGCAAAUGUAACCGGUUGGACACAUAGCAUUAAAAAAAAAAAAAAUCACACAGCCUCUCAUGUUCAUAGGUGAAUGUCAAAGCUUUUGUAGCCAAAUAACACCAUUUGUGCACAAUAAUCAGGAGAUAUCAGGAGGCCCACAGAAUGUCAAAGUACAAAAAAGAAGUAUGUCUGUUGGUGUAAUUAAUUGGGAGGGAAAACAACACCGUGAGACCUAAGCUUGCUGAAUGGCCAUAGAACGUUGACUGAUUGUUGAGGGUGUGGGGAAUGGAAAGCACACAGGAGACGGAAUAGAAUGGAGUGUCCUGCAGGAGGGCAUGUAGAAGAUGGCAGAGAAAUAUCAUCUUUGCCUGACUUAUACCAGGUGAGUCAAUUUCUGACUGGCUUUUGCUGUAACUAGAUAAGAAAACAGGUUUUUUGGAAGAAAUAUGCAUUGGGAAUAGGUUGGUGCAAGGACGCUGAACAACAAUUAACCAAGUGAGAGAACUAACUAGUCAUUUCUUUCUUCCUUCUAAAGAGGUCCAUGGAAUACUUCCCAAGAGCAAAACUAAAGGAAUUGAUUUCUGUGGUGUGGACGAGUAUUACUACAUUGUCUGUUCAGACCUGGGCUGCUACUUGAGAUCUACUGAUUUCCAUCAAGGCAAAGACCUGGAUAUAUUUGGUCAUCACAACUCUGUCCGUGGUGGAGACCACUACCUGGCCCAUAGUGAUGACUUAUUUUAUGUUAUCAAGGGGGACUCUUACCGCCGAGUAACCGACCUGAGCAAAGACAGUGAUAGUGUGGUCUCCACUCUCCAUCACAACUGCCAAAACGGAGACCAUUACUUCUCCCAUGAUAAGUACUUUUACAUUAUAUUCAAGAAGAAGGGAGUGUACCGCCGUGUCACCAAUAUGCAUGAAGACCUAAAUCCCGUUCAGAAUGCCCUUCACCCAAAGGUCAAAGACGGUCUGUAUUACUGGGGAAUCAAGGACUAUAUAUAACUUGUGAAACCAAAUAGCAAAUGGGGAGUUGAGUAUUACCGAAUGGAUGCCUUUUCAGAUGCAAACCCUUCCACAUUUUCCUUCCAUGCUAGUGUGCUCAACUUCCUCCCUGGAGGCAUGUCUAUAAAUUAUGGUAAAGCUUUUGGUGUCUGGCAGCCUGUCAAGACCGUCAGUAAUAAUGUCAAAGUAAGUGUUGUUUGGGAACAGCAAAUUGUUAGUAAGGUUGGAUACGUGAAGAAAGAGAUGCACAGCAUGGAACACAACUGGAAACUAUCUUCGACUGUUACAGUUGGGGCAUCAGGUCUCACUAAAUUACUGUUGACGGCACAAAUUUUCCUGACAGCUGAAUAUGGUGGGGAAAAGAUUGACAGCAAAGACGAAACAUGGAGCGAAGAAACUGACGUCUCUGAAAAAGUUGGCUUCACUCUGCCUCCAAAUACCAACAUUCAUUUCUGGCAAUACAAGCUGGGUUUGGGCAAGGAUGACGUAUUGUACUGCCGUGACCUGGCUUUUACUGAUAAUUCUAACCCACCUACUUUUGUCCCAUUGCCACCAGCAGCUGCUUAA